CUGUGGCCGGAACAAACGUCACGUCACUGCUCUCAAGUUACCUCAAAUCGAGUACGCGAACCGGGUUCGGAUCCGUCGCCGCGCGCAGCUCUCUCUUCCGGCGACCAGACGAAGGGAUCUCCGUUACUGACUCGUCGAACUCACGGUUAACUAUUUACUCGCCUGGAACACGUUUUCGCCAUGGCCGUCGGUGACCUGAAGACCGAUAAAGGUGUCGAGGAUCUCAACACCUACCUCGCUGAACGCAGUUAUAUCGAGGGGUGGCAACCAACUCAGGCUGAUGUUGCAGUACUUGAGGCAUUGGAAAAAGCACCGACAUCUUCAAAUCCUCAUGUACUCCGUUGGUAUAAUCACAUAAAAUCCUACGAUCUUAAGUCACUUCCCGGCGAAAAGAAAGCACCUGCCAUCUUUAGCACUACUGGUGCCCCAACUUCGUCUACAGGGAAAGCAAACGAUGAUGAUGAUGACUUAGAUCUAUUUGGUUCAGAUGAAGAGGAAGAUGCAGAAGCCGCAAAAAUUAGAGAGGAAAGGUUAAAGGCAUACGCGGAGAAAAAAUCAAAGAAACCUGUGGUUAUUGCCAAAUCGAGUAUUGUCUUGGACGUGAAAAGUUGGGGAGAUGAAACCGAUAUGAAGGAAAUGGAAAAUGCAGUAAGAUCGAUUCAGAUGGACGGUCUUGUUUGGGGUGCAUCAAAACUUGUUCCGGUGGGUUAUGGUAUAAAUAAAUUACAAAUAAUGUGUGUUAUAGAAGAUGAGAAAGUGUCAGUAGAUUUGCUGAUUGAACAGAUUCAAGAAUUUGAGGAAUUAGUUCAAUCUGUAGACAUUGCUUCGUUCAACAAGAUCUAAGGAACAAAUACAGCUCAUUACUUUUACUAUUGGAUUAAUAAAUAUUAAUUGUUUGUAUAUAUACAAUUUGUUACUCUCUUAAUAUACCCGAAGGAUUCCUUACAAAAGUAAUACAAUGCUACUGAAACUUCA